AUGCGGCGAACAAUACCCGCCUUCACUGCACUCACGUGCCUCGCUGCUGUUCUCGCCCAGAAUGCGAGUCCAGUCACCCUUUCACCAUUUCCUCAGCCUUCGUCAACUGGAGUCAUUGGGGGAUUCAAGGUCAUUGGGAAGUCGCUUGUGAGCGCGCAACAGAUGUUCCUAGGCACACUAGACAAGGUGUACAUGCUUGAUAAGGUGGAGAACAAUCCGACUCAGAUCAAUGGGCAUCCAGCAUGGGCUUCUCAAUGGGCACUAGGAGCCAACAAACAACGAGCUAUGGACGCCGUCACCAACACGUUUUGUGCAGGAGGGAAUGUUCUCGGCAACGGCACCUGGCUCAAUGUUGGAGGAAACCAGCCAGUGACAUACGGCGGGGCAACGUUGACGUCUGGCAAGGGCCCGUAUAACGACCCCGAUGGCGGCACCUCAAUACGCACAUUGGUUCCAUGCGAUGACGACUCUUGCGAUUGGACUGUGGAGACUCCGAUGACCACUAGGCGGUGGUACCCAACCGUGGAAACACUAGCGGAUGGAUCCGCCAUCAUCAUCGGUGGUUGCAACAAUGGAGGCUACGUCAAUGACGGAGCACAAGACAAUCCUACCUAUGAGUUCUACCCGUCGAAUGCCGAUCCCAUCUACUCACCCUUUCUCUCUGAACAACUUCCCAUCAAUCUAUACCCACUCACGUGGCUGCUUCCUUCGGGAAAACUGCUAAUGCAAGCAAACCGGGCGACGAUCUUGCUUGACCCACGGACCCAUAAGGAAUCUCCUCUCGACGACAUGCCUGACGCAGUUCGUGCUUACCCCGCCAGUGCCGGCAGUAUCAUGUUGCCGCUCACACCCAACAACAAUUGGACGGCGACGAUUCUCUUUUGUGGUGGCUCGGACAUCGACAACUGGUCUACGAGUUGGGCUAUCAUCUCACAGCCUGCUUCCAAGUCUUGCGUGCGAAUAACCCCGGAUGUCUCCAAGGCAUACACCAAAGAUGACCCGUUGCUGGAGGGGCGAUCCAUGGGUAGUUUAGUGUUCCUGCCUGAUUCUCGAGUAUUGGCGAUCGGGGGAAGUUUGCGUGGCACUGCAGGCUACGGAAAUGACUCUUGGGCCUUGGGCCAGAGUUACGCGGACGGUCCUGUGUUGACUCCAGCCAUCUAUAAUUCGACCGCUCCUCCAGGCUCCCGUUGGAGUCGAGAUGGCCUCAGUGCUUCCACAAUUCCGCGCAUGUACCAUUCAUCCGCCACAUUGCUCCCUGAUGGGUCUGUUUUGGUGUCAGGCUCGAACCCAAACUCGGAUUACAACGUUGGCCCCAAGAUCAAGUACCCAACGGAAUACCGAACAGAAGUCUUCUAUCCGAGCUAUUACAACAAGCGUCGACCCCAGCCGAUUGGGCUCUUGUCCCAGCUCACCUAUGGCGGAAACUCGUUCGAUGUCCAUCUGUCGAGCGAAGAUCUGAGUGGAGAUGCGCACAACGCCGAAAAUGCAACAGUGGUGAUCAUUCGCACUGGAUUUGCCACACAUGCGAUGAAUAUGGGCCAACGGUACCUCCAGUUAGACUCUACUUGGACCGCAUACGGCGAAAAUAACACUGCAGUGUUACAUGUCUCACAGCUGCCGCCAAAUCCAGCCAUCCUAGCUCCCGGUCCCGCUCUGAUUUUCGUGGUUGUGAAUGGAGUGCCCUCAAUGGGACUACAAGUCAUGAUCGGCUCUGGCCGGAUCGGUAACCAAACGACAUUGCCUAUUGGAGAUCUUCCUGCACCUCUCGGAACGCUGCUUACUCACGAUUCGACUUUCUUAGAGCUCUGGUGGGAUGCAUAG